CGAGGCCGGUGCCAGUGAGAUGGAUAGUACCUUGCCAGCAGUAGCAGAAGAGCUUUUGAAAGAGAUCAAAAAGGCUUUUCAGGAUACCUCACACGUCCCCGAUGACCUGCUACUGGGGCUGAAGUUCAUAUUUGGCCCAUCUGCUGUCCCAGCUUUGGAUUUGGUAGAUCAGCGUUCUGUCACCCGAGUCAUGUCCCCCAGCGGAAGGACUGCAUACCAGGCAAGCUUUACACCUGCUACAGUUCCUGCCACUUCUGUACAUGUCCUGCUUUUGGUUUUGCUGUAUUGCAGAAGAGCGAGAGCCUUCUGUGCAAACAUAUACUUGCCGUCUACCUCAGCCAGGCCAUGGGAGCCUGCCAGGAACUAACUGUCUCUGAGGAGCAGCUCACAAGCAUCUUACUGGCCGACGAAGAGGAUGAAGGAUGAAGGAUUUGCAUCACAUGUGGAUGUGCUUUCUGUGUACCCUCCCAGCUGCGUAGCUGGCAUUUUUUAUAUCUACAAGACCGUCAAAUGUUCAUUGUGGUUGGCAGGUUUCUUCCUGUGCUGCAGCCAAGCGUGACAUUAAUUAGCAGCAUUGCACUGAUGGAUUAAUUAAUAAAUGUUAAGAAGCC